GUUUUUACUUAUGUGUCGCCUCUGAAGCUUUGAGCGCUAGUUGUAGUCCAGUGCAAGUGAUUAUCAAGCAGAGAGAUAGCUUUAAGAACUACAUUUCCCAGAGACGCUCGCGGCACCCGCUGGUUUUACACCAUAAUCUCUUUAUUCUAAAUCUCCUAAUUCGAAGGUCCUCCUGCUGCCAUCAGUGGAGUCACAGAAGUCUUCAUUCUCACCGUGUUACUUCACCCUGCAGACCUCAAACAGUUUUUGAUUAGCAUCAGACGAGACUUGGUGUUUAAUCGAGAGUCCGGUUUCAGCCGAAUAUGAAGACGUGCACAUUUUCCCGCUUGCUGUGUCGAUCCAUGAGUUGGUCACCGAGACAAAUCAGCUGUAGGAGUCCACAGUCUUCAGAUCAUCCAUCAGAUUCCCCUCGAAUCCUGAUUACUGGUGGACUCGGGCAGCUCGGGGUCGGUCUGGCGCAAAUGCUGAGGCAGCAGUUUGGCCGAGAAAACGUGAUCCUGUCCGAUAUCAAGAAGCCUUCAGCAGAGGUGUAUGACAUGGGUCCCUUCGUGUACGCUGAUGUACUAGAUUAUAAGAACCUGCGUGAGCUGGUGGUGAACAAUGGCAUCAACUGGCUGGUGCAUUACAGCGCAAUGCUCAGUGCUGUGGGAGAAACCAACGUCCAGCUGUCCAGAGCCAUCAACAUCACAGGGCUACAUAAUGUAUUAGACCUGGCUCUGGAGAACUCCAUGCGUCUCUUCGUCCCCAGCACCAUUGGAGCAUUUGGUCCCUCCUCUCCCAGAGACCCCGCCCCCGAUCUCUGCAUCCAGAGGCCUCGCACCAUUUACGGUGUUUCCAAAGUCCAUGCCGAGCUCAUGGGCGAGUAUCUUCACCAUAAAUACGGCUUGGAUUUCCGCUGUCUGCGUUAUCCUGGAGUUAUCUCAGCUUACACACACCCUGGUGGAGGAACCACAGACUACGCAGUCCAGAUCUUCCAUGAUGCUCUCAGCACUGGACACCACGAGUGCUACCUGCAUCCAAAGACACGCCUACCCAUGAUGCACAUUUCCGACUGCCACCGGGCCACUGUCGAGUUCAUGCAGGCUCCUGAAUGUCUGCUCAAUCUGCGCACCUACAACAUCGCCGCCAUUAGCUUCACACCCGAGGAGGUGGUGGAGGAGAUCCGCAAACACCUCCCUCACCUGAGGGUCACCUAUAAAUCAGACCCAAUCCGUCAGAACAUCGACAGCUGGCCAAUGCGAUUCGAUGACUCUAACGCUCGGAGAGAUUGGGGCUGGGAGCCGGCGUUCGGUCUUCCUGAGCUCGUCGUGGAAAUGCUCAGUGACCUCCAUAACAAGCACGGACCUCGGUGUUAGCUAGCAGACUCGUCACACUACGGCGCUGCUAAUGACUUUAAAACACGGCGUGUUUUAUCUCUUACAAAAUGCAGGCAUCUGCUCAGGGUCAACACUGUGUACAUCACAUUAGAAUAGUGUAGCUUGAGAAGUCCUAGAGAAACCAAAUCAGCCUUAUUUCAGAUAUAGUAAGGUUUGGUGCAGAACAUCACAUUAACUUAUACAUUUUAUUCAUGAAUUUUAUACCUUCUGUAGAUUGUUAAAGAUUUUAGAAGUAGCCAAACCCAAAUCAGUGGAUUUUUUUUUUUUUUAGAACGAUGGAUUGAAGGAUGACGAAAGGUGCAAGAAAACAAACCUGAGUUAUCUGUACCAUGUUUUUCUCUUCCAGAGGAACGAUACUGAAAGUGCAGCACUAAAAUAUUAGUUUAAUUCUACUGUAGGCCUCAUGGCGAUGAAGGAAAGAGACAGGAUGCAGGAAGGAUGAAGAGAACAUCCACAGCUGCCUGGUUUGAGCUAGCUGCUUUUAAAAUAUCCCAAAGAGGUGUAAGAUACAAGGGAUUUUGAAAGCAUCGAGGUUUCGGUAUUGAAAAUAUACAGGAUGUAAUGUUUGGAUCAUUUUCAGGGCAAAAUAAGCUGGAAAAAAGAAGGAGAAAAGAAAAGGAAAUAUCUGUCUUUAUCCACUGCAUAUGAUUUUGGAGAUACUGUAAACAAACAUGGUUUUGAGUUGUUCAUUUUGAAGAUAAAUUUAUUUUGAUGACAUUCUCAAUGAGCAAUUGUAUAAUGAAAGAUUAUACAUAUUAAAAAAUAUAGAAAGCUUCUCUCUUUAUUAACCAUGGAAGUGUGCUUUUAAUAUCAGUACGUGAACUCGGAUGUAAAUUACUGGGUUUUUUACAAUUGUGAAAUAAACCAUUUACUCUGUGUGGUGAAUUUGUGAUUUUUUUUUAAUAAAGAAGCAAAAAUAACCUAUUUUA